GGUCGUAAAUCCGCCAUGUUUGCUCCCGCCCCGCCGCUGCGCUGCGUUGCGACAGAGACGGAGAAGUCAAACGACAUGAAUGCAGAAAAUAAUCAUACGGCAGAAACAGAGACGGAGCAAACGACGAACGGCAUCGACACCAUCACCAUCCAGACUACUCUGGGAGACGAAGACGAUGAUGUCCACAAGUGCGGGCGGUGUCAGAGCGAGUUCUCCAGCCUGGAUGCGUUCAUCCAGCACAAACUGCAGCAGAGCUGCAAACGGCUGGAGACCCAGGAGGCCGAACAGCAGGUCUCUUCACACACUGGAAGCUCUACUGCCAAGAUAAAAGCUCAAGAUGAAUCUGCUGGUCUCAUGGGUCGAGGUCACAGGAAGAAAACUGCAUCUGUUAAAGUUGCCGAUCAGCCUGACAAAAGCACAGAGUUUGUGUCUGAAAACGCUGACGGCGAACGGCAGACUUUCAGAGUUAAUCAAGAGGGGCGUUAUGUUUGCCACCUUUGUGAAAAAACAUUUAAAACUACCAACAUCUUGAGGACUCAUAUGAAAACUCACAGUGACCAAAAGAAUUUCUCAUGUGAACUGUGUGGGACUUUAUUUCGUACCAAAGGCUCGCUGAUUCGUCACAACCGCCGGCACACAGAUGAGCGGCCAUAUCGGUGUACCCUCUGCGGACAAUCCUUCAGAGAGUCGGGGGCUCUCACCAGGCACCUUAAAUCUCUGACUCCCUGCACAGAGAAGAUCCGCUUCUUCCAGUAUAAGGAAAUCCUCGUCAGCAAGGAUGGGGUGCAGAAAGGUGUUGAAGCUGAUCGAACCCCAGCAGUGUCCCAACAAGAGGUGGUUGUUGUGGAGCAGCAAGCAGAGGAGCAGGAGACAGUUGAGGCUCAGACUGCUGUGGUCAGCGUGGUGGGGGCCGAUUCCCAAGAGAUCCUCCGUGAGGUUCACUUUACAAUGGAGGUGGAUGGAACAACACAGGAGCAGCAGGUGGUGGUCGACCAGUCUCAGGCUGAUGCUCUGGCUGUGGCCGCCGCUGCAGGUGAAAGCCUCAUCUGCCAGGCCAUCAUCAACUCCGGCAUCGCACUGGGCACGGAGGAAACGGUGGUGGAGGAGGAAGCUUCUCAGAACACACAGGAGGUGGAGAAGGACAUCUCUGACACGGUUAAUGAGGAUCAGAGUGUGAUCGAGAUUCAGGUUAAAGAAGAGUUUGAAGAGAUGGAGGAAGAAACAGCUGGCGACCGAGGAUCCUCUAAACUAUAUACUUGUCCACACUGUAACCGGUCAUUUAAAGGCGCAAAUUAUUUCCGUUUUCAUGUCAAAGGUCAUUCAGGUUAUAAACCUUUUAAGUGCACAAUAUGUCAGAAGGAGUUUCUAACCGGCUACCUGUUAAAGAAACACAUGGAGGUCCACGUCAGCGAGAGGAGGUAUAAAUGCGGUGAAUGCGGCAAGCUGUACAAAACUAUCGGACAUGUACGGGAACACAUGAGGGCCCAUUCAGAUGAAAGACCCUACCACUGUCACCGAUGCAACAAGGGAUAUAAAACCAAGAAUGCACUACAAGUUCACCAACGGACCCACGGUGAUGAGAAACCCUAUGUUUGUGAGUUCUGCUUCCGAGGCUUUAGAGAAAAAGGCUCCCUGGUGCGACACAUUCGGCACCACACCGGAGAGAGGCCAUUUAAGUGCCCUAAGUGUGGGCGGGGCUUCGCUGAGCAUGGGACUCUCAACCGACACAUGCGGGCUAAAGGGGGCUGCAAUAAAGAGAACUCCAAGGAGCAGCAGGGCUCUGCGGUAGAGGAGCAGGUGUCUGCAGACAGCCUCAGCGCAGAAGAAGUCAACGUGGAAGAUCCUCACACUGUCCUGGUGGAGUUCUCCUCAGUGGUGGCACACACACAGGAUUAUAUUAUAAAGACUGAAACCGGAGAGGGAAUUCAGGAAGAAGUUACGCUCAUUCAGGACAGCCAAAAUGAGAUGGGAAACCAGAUCAUGAAAGUGGUGCAGCAAAUGGUCAGCCAGUCCCAGGGCGCGGGCAGCCAUCAGAUCAUAGUGCGAAACGUUGGAGCAGACGAAGAAGGGGCCUCCAUCUCUGACUGCGGGGACACCAUCACCAUCGCCACGCCGGAGAGCCUGACUGAACAGGUGGCCAUGACACUGGCCUCUGCCAUCAGCGAUGGGACGUUGCUGGCCACGUCACGUGCUGCUGAGGACAUUGAGGGGACUGUUACUAUGGUUACAACAGAGGAAGCAGUUGAGCAGGGAAUACAGAUGGUGCAGCAGCAAGAGGAGUAUGUCAUCACCUCCCCAGAGGAGGUAGAGAUUCAGACAGUUGUUUUAUGAUCAAAUAACUCUUUUGGCUUUAGCUGCUGCCUGCUUUGAUCUUUAUGUAUGUGGAUGAGUAAGUGAUGCAUUUCAGGCCAAAGUUUUACAAUGCUCACAGGGACAGAACUGUAAUAGAAUACAUUUAGGGGGAAAUGGUUUAUUAAGUAACUCCUCCUAUCAAUGCAUUUGAUGUGACUUUUGUGUUAAAUCAAAUAAACAGUGUUUAUUAUAGGUGUUGCAUCCAAACUGAAUG